GAUGCUCAAGUCUCUGCCCACACUCCUCUCCGCCUUGGCGGCUGUCAUCACGUCUGUCAAUUGCGAGAGCAUCAAAGCAAGCGCAGUGUACUGGCUCCUCGCCGGCGAUUCUACAACAGCUCCCGGUGGAGGUUGGGGCGAUGCGUUUCUCAGCACGACCGUAGCAUCUGGCUCAAGCGGACACAACUACGGAAAAAGCGGCGCAACGACAGCUUCGUUCCGCGCCGGCGGUAUUUGGGACAGUGUCGUGAGCGACAUCAACAGUCAUAAAUCCGCGUACGAUGUUUACGUCACCAUCCAGUUUGGUCACAACGACCAGAAAGAAACCUCCGGAGUCACCGUUGCGCAAUACAAAGCCAAUCUCCUACGGUUCGCACAGGAAACAUCGAAUGCAGGCGCAACGCCAAUCUUGCUCACGCCGUUGACGCGCCGCAACUUCGCGUCCAGCACAUCCAACGUCACGGAAAACCUCGUCGAGCAACGCGCGGCCACCAUCGACGUGGCUACUGCCAACAACAUCAAGUGGAUUGACCUGAAUAUCGCGUCGAUGAACUAUGUCAACACGAUCAAGAGAGACGCUGCGAGUAAAUAUAAUUUGGCCUCCGGCGAUUGGACGCAUCUGAAUGAGUGGGGUGGAGUAGUGUUUGCGAGGAUCGUGAGUGAUUUGCUGGUGGAGAAAUAUGGCGGUAUUUUCGAAUCGGUUACGAAGCCUAAUGCGACUUUGAGCGCGUUGAUCAAGGCCGGACAACCAGCUUGA